AUGAUUACUCAUAUAAUAGCUCUUAUAUUUAAGAACUUUUACCUUUGGAAGAGAGAAUUGAAAGGAACGUUCUGUGAAAUAUUCACUCCCUUGAUUUUUGUCUUUAUCCUAUAUAUUUUCAUGUCUCAAUCUGAUAAUUAUGAAGUCAGUUAAACAAGCUAUCUAAAUUAGGCUGUUACUCUUACACCAGGAUGGGAUUCAUCACUUAUUAGUAAUGGGAUUUAUAGCACUAUCAAAGAUUGCUCGGAUCCUAAAAUAGGUGGAAAAAUUGGGAUUGCCCCAAAUAUACCUUUGACCUAAAAACUAUCAUCGAUAUUAUAAGAAUAUCCAGGCAUAUAAGUAGAGUUUUUUGAUUCAUAAGAUUAAUUUGUAAACCAUAUCAAAUCAUCUGAUUAUCCAUUCUCUAAUCCUCCUCAAAUUUGUUUUGGAAUUCUUUUCAGCAGUUGGACUGAUGGAGUUUAUGAAUAUACUUUAUCAUAUAAUUUAACUGAGUCUUAAGAUAUUCCAAGAAAAUAUAGAACAGACUACAUAGACUUUGAAUAAAAUGAUUAAUUUCUUAAGUAUAUUAAUUCUGGUUUUACAAGAAUAGUUAAUUGGAUUGAUAACAUCAUACUACAGUAAGAAAGUGGAAAUCCAAAUAUUCAAAUUGAACCUAAUAUUACUAUCAUGCAAACAGAGUCAUACUAAAAAUCAAAUUUAUAUACUUAUGCUGGCAAUUUUAUAAACAUCUUUAUUGUAAUCCCUAUGAUAGUUCCUUAUUUGAGACUAUCAUCUCGAAUUCUUCAUGAAAAAGAAAAAAGAAUUAGAGAAGGAAUGAUGAUGAUGGGUCUCGGAAAAAUUGCCUUCUAUGCUAGCUGGUUUAUAACAUAUCUUUUUGUCUACGCUUUUAUUUCAUUAUUGGUUAGUGCAGGAUUAAAAAUCUAUUUUUUUACAACACCUGACUUUGAAGUUAUUUAUGUCUUGCAUUUUGCUUAUGGUGCCUGCCUUUUAGCUCAGAGUUUAUUUAUAACGGUUUUCUUUCAUAAACAAAGAACAGGAAUUAUUGGAGCAACAUUCCUUUUCCUCUUUUAAUUUUUGUAAACUUUCAAUCAAGGAAGUCCUGAAACUUUAAAUAACAGUGCAUACUAAGCUUAAGCUUUUAUUGUUUUUAAUGCAAUAACAUAAGCAAUGAGAAUACUUGUGAUUUACCAAUCUAGAAAUGAGCAUGUUAAUAUGGAUAUGCUCAGCCAGCUCUGCAAUAGAUCGAAGCUUAUUUACUCAAUUAAUUCAAGUUGGAUUAGUUUUAUUGUUUAUUUUGUUCUUUUCUUAUAUUUAGAUCAAGUAAUUUCUAAUGAGUUUGGAUAAAGAAAGCACUGGCUUUUCUUUAUUGGAUGUAAACUAAAUAAUAAAAAUUAGAAAAAACAACAAACAAAAGUAUGUGCUGAUUAAGAAGCAUAGUCUAAUGUUAAUGAAACAGUAGAUAUUUCUUUAUAAAAUCAGGAAGGGUAGAACAAAACAAUCAAGAUAGAGAAUCUAUCAAAAGAAUUCAAAACAGAGGGUGUACUCAAAAGAGCUGUUGACUAAAUCAACUUGUAAAUGUAUUCAGGUUAGGUUUUUUCUUUUUUAGGACACAAUGGUGCAGGAAAAUCUACAACUAUAUCUAUGCUAACUGGAAUGAUUCCUCCUACUUCUGGAACAGCCUAUAUCAAAGGUUUAGAAAUUACAAAAGAUAUGGAUAAGAUUAGAUCUAUUUUAGGUGUAUGCCCACAGCAUGAUAUAUUAUUUGACUCACUAACUGUUAAAGAACAUCUUUAUCUAUUUGCUGUAUUGAAAGGAAUACCAUUUAGAGAAAUAUCAAAUGCUGUUGAAAAAAUUAUUAAAGACGUAGAUUUAGUAGAAAAAACGAAUUCUUUAAGCUCCAGUCUCUCAGGAGGAUAAAAAAGAAAACUUUCUGUUGCAAUAGCUUUUAUAGGUGAAAGCUAAGUAGUUUUGCUGGAUGAACCUACAAGUGGUAUGGAUGUACAAGCUAGAAGACACAUUUGGGAAAUGGUCAAGAACUACAAACAGUAAAAAAUUAUCAUACUCACUACUCAUUUUAUGGACGAAGCAGAUUAUCUUGGAGAUAGAAUAGGAAUUAUUUCUGAUGGAUAAGUUAAAUGUGUCGGUUCUAGUGUUUUCUUGAAAGAAAAAUUUGGAAAUGGAUACAACUUAACUUUAGUAAAAGAAUAAAACACAACUCCUUCUGAGCCAAUAGUACAUUUUAUCAAUCAUCAUUUUCCAGAAAGCAGCUUAAUCAGUGAUUACUCUGCUGAGAUAGCUUUCUAAAUACCCUAUAAAUAUAUUCCUCAGUUUGAAUAGAUGUUUAAUGAAAUAGAGAGAUUAAAACACUAAUUAAAAAUAAGAUCAUAUGGAGUUUCAAUAACUACUUUAGAGGAAGUUUUUCUAAAGGUGGCAAGUAUGAACGACAAUCAUAUUGUAUAACCUCAUAAGGCAUAAUAAAAAAAUCAAUAUUAAGAUAUUGAAAAUUAAGAUGAUCAAAAAUUUAUUGAAAGAAUAACAGACCCCUCUUUACUAUUUUUUACUCAUUUUUGGGCCCUAAUUAAGAAAAGAAUACAUUACUUUAAAAGAGAUAAGAAAGGCUUAUGCUGUGAAUUGAUCCUACCUAUCAUUUUAAUUGCAUUUGGUUUAUAUACAGCAUAUGCAUCUAAAUUUAAGGAUUGGAAAUCGUAUGAACUUAACCCAACAAUAUUUUUUGAUGAAAAGCCUAAAAUUUAUUAUGGAAGCUCAUUACCACCUUCUAAUUAUUAAUCAAUAAUAAAUAAUUUUCAAAAAUACGACGAUACCUCAUUUGAUCAAAUACAAAAUGUUAAUAGUAUCCUAUCAUUUGAUAAUUCCUUAUUAUAAGACAAGACAACUGAAGUAAAAUUUGGAUAUUAUUUACAAAAUACUCAAGGAAAUAAUAUUCAAUACACUGCUUUUGUUAAUACUGUUAGCUUAGAUGGUAUUCCUAUGUCUAUCCAUCUUAUGAACAAUGCAAUUAUUAAAAGUGUAACUGGAAAAUAAAUUCAAAUAAACGUAAAUAAUAAACCACUUGCUAUUACGGCCAGCACCAAAAAUCUUAUUGGUAUAGUUUAGGGAGUUAAUUCAGUCUUGUUCUUUUCAAUGGGUAUUUCUUUUAUCCCUGCUAGCAUUAUUUCUUUUAUUGUGAGAGAAAGAGCUGAACAUAUCAAGCAUUAAUAGAUUGUCAGUGGUGUUACUCUUAAAGCAUAUUGGAUUUCAAACUUUUUCAUAGACUACAUUAAGUUUUUGAUUCCAACAAUAAGUAGCUACUUCUUAGCAUAUGCUUAUUAGAUAGAUUCAAUGACUGAAGAUGGCAACUAUAUAUACUUUGUUAUACUUUUUAUUUUUUAUGGAUUGAGUCUAAUACCUUUUACCUAUCUAUUCUCGUUCUUACAUUCAGACUAUGGAAACGCAUAGAUCAUACAAUUUUUUAUUCAUUUUAUGAUUGGAGGGGUUGGAGCUGUAAUUGUAGUUAUCCUGCGCUUUUUUGACUCAACUCAUUCAGUUGGUGACAUAAUCGCCUGGGUAUUAAGAAUAUUUCCAAGCUUUGCAGUGUAUGAUGGAUUUAACAAUAUUGCUAGUAGAAAGUUUAUUUAAUAUUAAUAAAAUCUAAAUAAGGAACCUCCUCAAGUAGAUUUCAAUGUAAUGGGUGCUGAUCUUAUGUUUUUAAUCCUUUCUUUCUUUUUGUUUACAGGAAUGAUUAUUUUUAUUGAAAAAUACAGAAAUAGAAAAAGUGUUUUUGAUUCAAAUAUUUAAGAUAAAUAUCCUUAUGUGAAGCCUAAUUAUGUUGAUUCUGAUGUUGAAGAAGAAAUUAGUAUACUUCAAGAUAGUAAUCCAAAAGAUUUUACUGUUCUUGUUAGAAACUUACGUAAAGUAUUCCCACCAACUGGAGGUUCUUCAACAGAAAAGCCAAAGAUUGCUGUAGAUAAUCUUAACUUUGGUGUUAAAACAGGUGAUGUAUUCUGCUUUUUAGGAGUAAAUGGAGCUGGAAAAACUACUACUAUGCGUAUGCUCACUGGAGAAGAGACAAUAGGCUCAGGUGAUGCAUAUAUACAGGGAUGUAAAAUUCCUGAAUAAAUAUCUGAAGCAUAGCAAUAUAUAGGAUAUUGUCCUUAAUUUGAUGCCUUGUUAGAUAAUUUGACAGCUAGAGAACACUUAGAGUUAUUUGCUGCUAUAAAAGGAAUUCGUCCUGAUUAAAGAGAGUAAGCUGUUAAUGAAAAGCUUGAUGAGUUAAACCUCAGAAAAUUUGAGAAUGUAGUAGCACGUACUUAUUCAGGAGGUAAUAAGAGAAAGCUAAGUGUAGCGAUUGCAAUGCUUGGAAACCCUCCUAUUGCAUUCUUGGAUGAGCCUUCAACUGGUAUGGAUCCUGGAAACCGUCGUUUUAUGUGGAAUGUGAUAAGCGAUAUGGCUGCAAAUAAAAAGAAAACUUCUAUAAUUUUGACAACUCAUUCUAUGGAGGAAGCUGAAGCAUUAGGAACAAAAGUAGGAAUAGUAAUUGGUGGCAAUUUUAAGUGUAUGGGAAGUAUUUAGCACUUAAAAAACAAAUUUGGAAAAGGAUAUGAAAUUUCUAUUAAAAGUAAUGUUCCUACUAUAGAUUAAUUACAAAAGAUGGCAGGAGGAUUAAGUUUGAAUACUAUUAUUGAAAAAUAGAAUUUAUGUAAAAUGCUUGAUUAAAUUAAAUAUAGCUAGUUUAAUGAUUAAAUUAAAGAAGGAAAAUUUGGAUCUAGUAUUUACUUUUAAUUGAAUUCUAAAAAAUGUAAUUAAGUUGAACUUGCUGUUUUGAUAGAAUCCAUAUAUAAUUUUAACACAUAAUAAAGAAUAGAGCAAUUUUUGUCUUAGAAUUUCAAUAGAUAUGAGAUCUUAGAAGGUCUAAAUAAUUAUAUAAAAGUGAGAGUAUAAUGUGAAUAAAAUUUGGGUUACUUAUUUGGAAUAAUGAAUAGAUACCAAAACGAGCUAAAUAUAUGUUCAUAUACAAUAUCAUAGACUACACUUGAAUAAAUAUUUCAUGAUAUAGCUAAUCAUGAAAUAAAAACAAAAAUUUAAGAUAAUAAUUCAAACUCUAUUAAUAUUGAAAGAAUAAGUAAUAAUUAAUUAUAAACUUCAUCUAUUAACAAACAAAUUAAUUUUUAGGAUUAAAUUAUCUAAUAUCCUCUCUUGAAUAAUUCAUUCUAACCUAUUCAAAUUAAUCACGUUUAAAUACAUUAAUUUAAGCAAUAAAAGAAAUGA